UCUCUGUCUAUUUCUGAUUAUCUGACUGAAGCCCUUCAGCUCCAGGACUUCCCAAAGAGAAGAUGAAGAAAUUAUUGGCUUUUCUCUUCUUCUGUCACGUUGCAUGUUCGGUGAAACACUCCUUGAUAUUAUUCAUCACUGCAACUUCUGGAGUCCCAGACUUCCCAGAGUUUAUGGUUUCUAUUCAGGUUGAUGAAGUUCAGGUGGGUUACUGUGACAGCAACAUCAGGACGGCUGAAACCAAACAGGACUGGGCACGAAAGUUCAUGAAAGACAACCCACGACAACUGGAAUAUUACGUUAAGGAAUGCUAUAACACCCAGCACUUCUUCAGAGCCACCAUCAACAGCUUGAUGAAACUCUUAAACCAAACAGGAGGUGUCCACAUCCUACAGAGAAUGAGUGGCUGUGAAUGGGAUGAUGAAACUGGAGAAAUCAGGGGUUUUAAUCAAUAUGGAUAUGAUGGUGAAGACUUCAUAGCGCUGGACCUACAGAUGCUGACAUGGAUCGCUUCAAAACCACAGGCGUUCAUCACCAAACUGAGAUGGGACACAGACAAAGCUAGACUAGAGUUCAACAAAAACUACUUCAUCCACUUGUGCCCUGACUUGCUGAAGAAGUAUGUGCAGUACAGGAAGAGUUUUCUGCAGAGAACAGAUCAUCCAUCAGUGUCUCUCCUCCAGAAGACUCCCUCCUCUCAGGUCACCUGCCACGCUACAGGUUUCUACCCUGACAGAGUCGACUUGUUCUGGAGGAAAGAUGGAGAGGAGCUUCAUGAGGACGUGGACAAAGGAGAGAUCCUCCCCAACCAUGAUGGAACCUUCCAGAUGAGUGUUGACCUGAACAUCUCAUCAAUCGCUCCUGAAGACUGGAAGAAGUACGACUGUGUGUUUCAGCUGUCUGGUGUCAAAGACGACCUCAUCACCAAACUGGACAAAUCAGUGAUCAGGACUAACUGGGUUUCUCCAUCAGGGUUUCCUGCUGGUGCUGUCAUUGGAGUAGUUGUAGGUCUGCUGCUGCUGUUGCUCUGCAUCACUGGACUCUUCAUCUGGAGGAAGAAGACUAACGGGUUCAGACCUGCUAACACCUCAGAUUCUGAAGACAGUAAUUCAGAUCCUAACUGAUCACAACUCUCAGGGAAGACUGGAGAAGGAGAGUAAACUCCAAUGAAGUUGGGAUUCUGUCAAAACCGUUAAUUGUGACUGUUUUCCAAAUAUGAAGCCUCCGCAACUAACCCAAGUUGGAAAAUCUUGUCUCUCCAGUUAAAUUUCCUGUCCAGUAUUGUGCACAAAAUAUGGACACUUUAAAUGUUUAGUUUUUUUAUCCAACAUGCAAAACUAUCAGAGAGGCAUCUGAUUGGUUCUACGUUCUUCAACAGGACAAGGAAUAAAGAACAAUCUUCAAUAAACAAUUGUCUUGAGCAAGAACAAGCAAGAAGAACAAGGAACCUGCAUCAGAUGAUGGAGCCUCUACAGAGUCACAAUUACCAGAGACUGAAACAUGAGGACAGAAAUAAGAACAGAGCUGCAACUUUCUCCAUUUCUGCAACUUAUAAAUCUAUAUUAUUGAUAAGCUGCUGAUUAUUUGUGAGUUGAAACAGUUAAUCCACAAACAGCUUUUCUUGCUCAAACAUCUGAUCUCAACAACUAACUGUCAAUGUUAAUAGCUUCUAGUUUUACUCACAAUGUAACUGUGGAACAGAAACAACAUAUAGCUGUCACUUUAUGGUCACACAACAUAGAAAACACAAUAAUCACAGGUACAUGAAAAUAUACAACUCUAAAAUCAAUGUUUGAUUAAAAAAAUGCUGUUUAUUUAGUGUUUAUUUGAUGAAGACCAUAGCACAGGGGUGUCCAAACUUUUUUGUCAAAGAGGACCAGAUUUGAUCAUGUGAAAAUGAGGACCAACCAUCCUGCCUGACAUUCAUUGAACCAUUAAAGUUGAAUGCCAAUGCA